AUGGCAAUGAUAGUGUACUGGUUGGAGGAUGAGUACGUGCCCGUUUCUGUUCAGCAGAUUUCGCAGCGUGACGACCUAUUCCGUCCCGACCGCACAUACUGGCUGGCUGGUCUCGCUGGUGACACUGGACGGUCUUUAGCCGACUUUAUGAUUGCUCAUCAAGCCUUGAACAUAGUGUUGAGUAGUCGUCGGCCUGUUGUCGACGAAGCUUGGGUGCUGUCACAAAAGGCAAAGGGUGCCACAGUGAGAUAUUUUGAAGGGGACGUCACCUGCUUCAGCUCCAUGAAAAAGAUUCAUGACACUAUCAAGGAAUCUAUGCCGCCUAUCGGUGGCGUUGCCAACGGCGCCAUGGUUCUACGAGACAGCUCCUUCAUGAAUAUGAGCUUUGAAGAUUUCCAGACGGUUCUGAGGCCCAAAGUACAAUGCACAAUCAAUCUUGACAGGCUCUUCUCCGACCGCAGUCAGCCUCUGGAUUGGUUCAUUGGAUUUAGUUCGAUCGCUGCAACUGUUGGACUCAUUGACCGCCGCCGUCAGCAAGGCUUGGCUGGAUCAGUCAUUGACAUCACUCGAUUAGUUGGAUUAGGUUUCAUUGAGCGCGAAAGUCGGGGGUGGGGCCUGACAAAAGAGCAUCAGGAGCGUCUCACGACACGAUCAGGCACAAUCGCGAUGAGCGAGAAUGACCUGCACCAGCUGUUCGCGGAAGCUAUCCUGUCAGGACGUCCUGCUCUCGGUCUAAAUCCCGAAAUUAUCACGGGAUUAGCUCCAAUUACAGUCGAGCAGUCUAAGGAUGCCUACUGGAAAACCAACAUGAGGCUAUCACUACUGAUCAAGGACGCUGGACAAGGUAACGCACAGGGCUCAGAGAGGAGUGAGGUGAUUCCUUCGCGAAAGCUAUUGGAAGGAGCCAAAUCUUUGCAGGACGCAGUCAAAGUGCUUUGGAACUCCUUCAAGAAGAAAUUGCAGGCUUUGAAGUUCUUAUCCGAUUCUGACGGCAUUUACGACAGCACGCCGCUCGUGUACAUGGGCGUCGACAUCAUGAAGAUUCUAGGUGGUGCUUCUAUCGCAGAUUUGGUGGAAAUUGUCGCGAGUAAACUGCCCGAUGAGCUCUUGAAUCGAUUGGAUCCUGAGGGGAAGCAGCGAACGGGCAAUGCAGGCCUGUCUGAGGCUACUGUUUCUAGCUUGGUAAGUCCGACUGAGCCGACAGUCGACCACGUUGAAAAUGACCACCAUCUUGCUUCACCAGAUGGUGUGAAUGGCAUCGUUGGCACCAAUGGCGUGAAGUAUGAGAAUGGAGACGAUGCCGAAAAUAGCGGUCUCAAAGGCAUCAAUGAGAUCAAAGGCGCUCACAUUGCUGGGGCUGGUACGAACGGAGCCACGAACAUCGUCGAGAAAGAUUCGGAGUACGCAACGAAAGACACCAACUCUUCGAUCAUCAUUCGGGAACAAGAGGUGGUCUAA